AUGAAUCCUUUUCCAGGAAUGAGCCGUCAGGAUUUUCGGCGAUAUGGCAAGGAAACAGUGGAUUACAUAGCAGAUUAUAUGAAAACGAUCCAGAAGAGGCGUGUGGUACCAGCGAUCGAACCAGGUUAUCUCAAAAAUUUGAUACCGUCAGAAGCCCCGUCACGAGGUGAACCGUGGGAAAAGGUGAUGGACGACUUUGAGAAGCUGAUCAUGCCUGGCGGCUCUGCUCUGGAUGGAAUUCGUAUAGCAUUGUUAGCCGCUCGGUUCGAGGUCAUGAAGGAACUCCGCCAACGAUUUCCUUUUGUAGAGGAAGGCCUUUUGCUGUCCAAACUAAUCGCUUACUGUUCUAAAGAGGUCAGUGAACGCAGAAGGUGA